AUGUCUGCAACCGAUGCUGACGUUUACCGUCUUGUACCAUACAGAUUUCUUUUAAAUGAAUCACAUUUAAACAUUUGUAAAUUGGAAAAAUUAACUAAUUUAUUUCCUGAAAUGAAAAAAAUUAUUGAAUUAGAAUUAUUCAAAAUUAAUAAUUUAUCACAUAUGGUUGAUCGUCUUUCGAAUAUUUAUAAAGUUUCACCUGUUGCUGAUAAUCGUGAUGAUACUCUUCACCUGUUUCUUGGUCCUUAUCAUCUUGAACUUGGUCCAGCUAUAUUUGGAGCACUUCAUUUUAGAAAUAUUUCGACAGCAUUACUUGCUUCAUCACAUUCAAAAUCAAAAAUUGAUAGUACUACCCAAAAUCAUAAACGUCGACGUGAGGCUGUACUUCGUCGUUUUCGCCGUACUGUACGAAAACUAAUUCUUAUUAAAUCAAUUAUUGAUCAAGUUCGGUUCGCAUCUGUUCUGACACCAUAUAAUCAAUAUGAAUUAUACAGACGAGGUAUAUAUGACCUUGUAUUAGCGGGACAUAUACAUGGUACAAAUACAGUAUUUUAUGAUGAAGAAUUUAUUGAACAAAUAAGUAAUGUUCGUUUGAUGGAUAAUUCAGACAAGGAAAAUCCUUUGCUUGCAUCUAAAUUUAUAAAAAUUAAUAGUUUACUCAGUUUACUUUCUCCGCCAUUGUCUCAACAACAAUCUGAUAAUAACCCAAUGAUAGAUAACAUAACAAAACCUAGGUUAGACAAUUCAAUUACUUAUAAAGCUGAUGAAAAGCCUUCAAAACCUUUCAUUAAUUCCAAAGCUCUGUGUUGUUCACAACACACUAACAAUCAACAUACUCUUAUGUUUCCUGUUAGCCGAUCAACUAAUUAUCAUUCUAAUCAAUUUUUGUCACAUGAAUCACCUUCAAGACGUAAUAGUAGUCAAAAUUUACACAAAAGUUCAGUGGUUUUUUUAAAACAAAGUUCGACAGCUAGUCUUCCUGAUUUAACAUAUGAACCAAUGCUCUCAUCAAAUCCUUCUGUACUUGAAUCAAACAAUUCGAAAGAUAUUUCAUCUUCUCAAGAGGCCACUACUAAUCAAGAAGAUGCACUCAUUAACAAUAUUUCGUCUCUUUUAAUAAAUUACUUCUCAUCUCAGCAAUCAACAUCAAUGUCAUCCGAUACUCAUGACAAUCACAAGAUAUUGAAUAAUAACAAAAUUUCUUCUACACCUAUAGCAGCAACAUCAAAUAAUUCUGAUAUAUCCAACCAAUUGUCAUCAAUAAUUAAGACUAAUGACUUUGAUAAACUAUUACAACGCAUCAAAACAGUUGUAGAUAAUUCUGUAUCUAUGAAAAUUCAAAGUAAUGAUCAGAAUUUUCAACCAACUAAUAAUCAUCAAAAUUUACCCUGUAAUUCUACGAAAACAACAAUACAGCGUCAUCGUCAAAAAUUAUUUGGACUACGUACUGUAUCUUGUCAAGAAACGUCUACAAAUGAGUUCAAUGUUAAACAUUUGGAUUCAUCGAACAAUCAAUACGAAUUAGAUCUAUUAUCAACAUUAAAAUCCCUUGAUAAAGCUAAUUUGAGUAAGAUUAUUCUUUACUAG